GAUAAAACUUGCUUUAGCAACACCAAUAUAUCACUUUCAGUUAAAUCGUGAAAGCGGACAUAAAACUUUUAUUAAGUUUUAUUCAACUAGUUGACAUCUUUCAAUUUUAACAGGUGUUCUACGGAGUUAGACUGUAUUGUGGUUCCUCUACAUGCAAUAAAUUGUAUACGACUGGUUUUGAAAAGAAAAGCUAGAGAAUUACGGAUCGAGCAGUAGUUGUAUGCCCGGAUACUGGAGGAUAUUCUAGAUACUAGAUACGAAUAAAUUUGCUAAACCUCAAGAUGGAACAUUCAACACCUAUUUACAACUCAACUACAAUCACUGAGUUUGGUUUGAACUCUACAGAGUUUGAAAAUACGUCCGACAGGUUGCAAACACCAAACAUGGAUACCGGAAUCUACAUUCUCGCGAAAUUUCAUUUGGUUGCCAUACCAAUCAUCACAACGUUUGGACUAAUCGGAAAUAGCCUGGCAUUCUUCGUAUUUAUCAGCAAAUCCUUACGACGUACGUCCUGUAGUUGGUAUCUAGCGGCCCGAUCGCUGUCCGAUACGGGAUUCCUCAUCUGUUUGUUUAUAAUGUGGCUCGGGGAUGCGUUCAGAGUGCGGAUAUUCCACACGGUGGUUGUGUGUCAGUGUGUCAUAUUCUUCACGUACUUUUUCGGUUUUCUAUCCGUCUGGUUGGUGGUGUUGAUAACGUGUGAGAACUACAUCCGGAUUUGUCAUCCAUUUACUGUCGCUCGAUUCUGUAACAUCCGCGUGGCUAAAGGAUUCAUCAUUGGUUUCAGCGUCGUGGGAGUGAUCAUUUAUAAUUUCUCCUUGUGGACGACUCACAUUACUGUUCAUGGAAACUUACAGACCUGCAGUCCCAAUGAUAAUUAUUUGAUGAUAACUCGUUUCUUGACCUACGGCGAUAUGAUAAUAACUCUUUUGAUACCCUCUAUAGCCAUCAUACUCCUCAUGGUCGCCAUUACUCUUAGUGUAAUUAAAUCAUACAAGCGACAAACGAGACUGAGAGGAAAACAGAAUUGUUCAUCUGUUCAAAAUGGCGGCUCUUACAAAAGAUCCAAUUCUCCACAAGCGAAAGUCACGCGCAUGCUCUUUGCAGUCAGCUUCAUAUUUCUUGCCCUAAAUUUGCCAAGUCACGUGGUUCGACUUCGAAUAGUGUUGCUCACGUUCCUGAAACAUCGUCCCUCCAAACCGACACUAGAUCAGAUGAUACAAGUUAUUUUUCAAAUCAUAUAUUAUAUGAGCUUUGCAGUAAAUCUAUUCGUGUAUUUGUGUUGCGGUGACAAUUUCAGAAAAGUUUUCGUGGACAGAUAUUUUAGUUGUUUUAAAAGUGCUAUAAAUCGAAAGAACGAACAGUCCCACACGUCAUUCACGGCGAUGCCCGGACGAUGUGACUUUCCGGAAAUACAAAAUAAAGAUGAAGAAGUGUGUAAGGGUGAGGAAGAAACGUCGCUUAUUAAUUAAGCUUGAGCAACGUCUUCAAUAGCCCUGUGAUCGUAAAGCUGUAGAACGUUAAACCCUAUUUUAUUUCAUUUUAUUUUUUAUUACGCUAAUAUUCCAGUGUGUCCUUUAGAUAGAGACACUAAUGUUCAGGAUUGUGAUUCACUCUAUCUUUCCUACUCGAAACUCUGAUAAUUAAUGUAGACAUCUUGUGUUGCAACUAGAUGUCUUGUGUAAAAGUAGACAUUUUGUGUUGCUACUAGACACCUUGUUUAAAAGUAGACACCUUGUGUU